AAUGGACAGCCAUUUCACUGUUGGAAACAAUCAAAACUAAUACAAUUUCCAAAUUAGAUUAUUUUUAAUCCAGUUUUGUGUUGCUAAUGUUAAACAUCAAAAGAGUCCAAUCUCAGAUUUUGAAGUAAAAAAUCAGUAAAACAUUACCUUUUACAUUUGUUUCAAGCUUUUAUUUACUUUCCAUCCUUACAUCAAAAUAUUGAAUAAAACAUAUUAAAGCAAAAAUGAAGCGAAAUGAUUCACCAAUGGCAUGGGAUUCAACCAACAAUAAAAACAGCAGUUGUAUUAAUCUGAAUAAAAAUCUUGACCCGGAAACAUAUUCAACCUACUCUGUAGCCUCAUCGGAAUCCAGUUCAGGUAAACAUGUAUGGAAUUCAGCUAAACGCGCUGUUAAAGGUAUCUGGACAACAACCCAAAUUUUACCCAAAAAUGCUGAGAAAGAGUCAAUCAUUAAAACAACUCUACGUGAACUGGUCAUCUACCUGGCUUUCUUGACCAACGUUUCUGUCAUUUCCUUUUCCGUGAUGAACCCACAAAUGUAUUAUCAAACCAAAUUGUUAAGCGAAUUGUUUCUCGACAAAACGGCAGCUGAUGGCACAUCUUUUCGUGCAGCAACCACAAUGGAUCAAUUCUGGAAGUUUUCUGAAGAAGUGUUGAUCGAUAAUCUUUAUUGGGAUCAUUGGUACAAUACAAAUAAAACUGCUACCGAAACCUCCAUUUUGUAUGAAAAUUAUCUCAUAACUUCACCUCAUCUUCGUCAACUUCGAGUUCGCAAUGAUUCCUGUGAAGUACACAAAGAUUUCCGAAAGGCUAUUCACACUUGUUACAAUGCUUAUGCCGAGUACUUGGAGGAAAGGGAUGAGUUGGCCAAUUCAACUGGAUUUCAGUGGGAAGAGAUUCAGUCUUUUGCCAAGAAUGCGAUUUGGGGUAAAAUAUCAACCUAUUCUGGUGAUGGAGGUUACAUAGUUGAUCUUGGUCUAAAUAAAACAGCUGCUAAAGAGAUAUUGGCUGACCUCAAGAAAAACUUGUGGAUCAACAGAGGAACUAGAGUAGUCUUCAUUGAUUUCACCACCUACAAUCCCAACAUUAACCUGUUUGUUGUUUCCAAGUUGAUUGCUGAAUUUCCAGCCACUGGUGGAAUGUUGACUUCUUGGCAAUUCAGAACUCUAAGCUUACUUCAAACCGGCAACAAGGCGAUCAUAGCAACAGUUAUCUUCUCCAUUUUUAUCGGAUUCAUUGUUUACUAUACUAUUGAGGAAUUGGUUGAAAUGAAAACUUUGGGUUUCAUCAACUACAUCAAUGAAUCUUUUUGGAAUUUUCUUGAUAUUUUAACCAUCGUUUUGGGUAGUUUAUUGAUAUUUUAUUCAUUUUACAAAAAAUUUGUCAUCAAUAAGAUUUUCAAUCAAGCAUCACUCGAGGAACCAACAGGUCUUCAAAACUCAUCCUCAGUGGCUUUGAAGAUGGAGACUUAUCAAUUUGAUACUCUUGGCUUUUGGUCAAUGCAAUUUGUUAACAUGUUAGCUUUAUUGACAUUCAUUGUUUGGGUAAAAGUGUUCAAGUACAUUAGCUUCAACAAGACAAUGUCUCAAUUAAGUUCAACAUUAAGUCGAUGCUCCAAAGAUAUCGCUGGAUUUGGUGUUAUGUUUUUCAUCGUUUUCUUUGCCUUUGCUCAACUCGGUUACCUUUUAUUUGGAACUCAAGUUAAAGAUUACAGUUCAUUCGGAACUGCCGUAUUCACUUUACUUCGACUAAUUUUGGGUGAUUUCAACUUUCAAGAAUUGGAAGCUGCUAACAGAGUUUUGGGUCCUUUCUUCUUUCUCAGUUACAUAUUUUUCGUGUUCUUUGUUUUAAUGAAUAUGUUCUUGGCUAUUAUCAAUGAUACUUAUGCUGAAGUUAAAAGCGAACUACAUGAAGAUGAUGAAUUCCCAAUCAUGGAGUAUUUCAAAAGCCAUUAUCAAGGAUUGUUGAGCAAAUUAGGAGCUCAGAGAGAUCAAAUUGAGACAAUCCAAGCAGCAUUGACAGUCGAGAGCAAUAAGAAACUGUCUUUUGAACAUGUUCGGGCUGAACUGAAGAAGCGAGAUCUUUCAGAUCCAGAGAUUGAAAUGUUGUUUGCUAAAUAUGAUCUCGAUUCUAACCGUGAAUUGGAUUCUGAAGAGUUGGCUAAAAUGUUGGCUGAUUUGGAGGGUAAAAAGCUUGCCUUGGAUGCACAAAUUGAACAUGAACAGCAAAAUAGACCGGCUUCGGCAGUUAGUCGACACCAAUUUGCUGUUGGAGGUGAAGACAUGAUUAAAUUAACCCGACGUGUUGACCGAAUGGAGCAUACUUUAAUGGCUAUUUCGGGUAAAAUUGACGCAGCUCUUUCUGGUAAACUAAUUAUACCCAAAGCUCCACCUGAAGUUGGCGUUACUCAAGCUUCUGAUGAUGAAAAUGAAGGUGAAAAGCGUUGGGCAAAUUGAAAUAUUAAGAUCAACGGGAAUCAUCAAAAGUAACUCCCUCUUAAUAUUUACAAUGAUUUGAUUAUUUUUUUCCCUUGUUAUAAAUUUAAUCACAAUUAGUUGUUGGUUGUUUUUGUUGAACUAUUGAAAUUGAUUAUAAAUUAAUUAUGCUUUCAGUUUCAAGUCUCUUUCAAAAUAGCUAAAGGUAAGGUCACAUCUAAAUCAUUAAUGAAUAAAAAUUAUAUUUUAUCAGGUGUGAACCUCUUGAUGAUUCUUUGAAUCUCGUUUAAUUAAAAGCACUUAAUAAUAAAUUAAUGCACCUGAAGAAGAUAAGAAAUUAAUUAUUUGUUGAAAAAAGGUAACAAUAAGAGUUUAUAUCAUUUAUUUACACCCAAGACUCCUUGAU